AAAAAAGUAAAAUGGAGGUGCUGUCUUGAAUUGGAAAGUCUAUUUCUUUGUUUACGUGUCGGACUUAUUGAACGACAGAGUAACAAUCAAUUGCAAACUUUUUGAUUUUAUGGAAUUUUCUCAAAUAUAUCAUCGCCUAGAUUUUGUCGGAACUAUAUGAAAUGAAUAACGGAGAUUCUGGAGGACCCAAAGGCAGGGGCCGUGGAUGGCAACAGCCUAAUAACCCACCAAGAGAGCUUCGUCAGCCAAAGAUCGUUGCAGAUGAUCCAAAAGCUGAUCCUCCUAAAUCUACUCUAUCAGCCGAGGCUAAAGAAUGGUAUCCACCCAAUUAUACACCUUCUGCUGUGCCUUCAUAUGGAGCUGACUCGGUUCCCUAUAGGCUUCCACGUUCUUCCGUACAAGAUCGCCUACGACAGGCACAAGAUCAAAAACCUUAUGAGUUUGAUGAAAUGGCAUACUCAUUGAAGGAAGCUCAAAAUAUGGACAUUCGGGAAAAUAUUGCGAACUUAAUCACUGUUAUGUGUGAAAUAACAUUUGACCCAGGCAAGUUUGAUACCCUAUGCGGUCCACUGGUGGACUCAUUUGCACCAACCUUAAAUGACACAAAUUAUACCACGGCUCUGGUAGAGGCUAUUGUAAAUCAGUCAAUAGCCGAGGCAAACUUCCGAUACAACGGUGCCCGACUAUGCUCGAUGUACGACUCAGUUGCGCCCCCUGAGGAGUCUACCUUCCGGGCAUGCUUGUUAGAAAGAUGCUCUGCUGAAGAGAAUAAAAUCAUCAAUCAUGUUGAGACUUCAGAAGAAAAUAUGCGAGGAUUUGCCAUGUUCCUUGCUGAAAUAUACACACAAUUGGAAGAUAACCAGGGAGGAAGAAUUAAAUCUCUAGGUGAAAGUCUCUGUAAAGUAUUACUGCACCUGUUAAAUACCGACAAGGAAACAAAUAUCAAAGCUGUAUGUCAACUACUUAAACUGUCGGGCAUCGCGCUAGACGCGGACUGUCCGUCGUCUAUGCAGGCUGCGUUCGAGCGGCUGAAGGUGCGCGCGCACCUGGGCUGCGUGCGCGGCGUGCUGGGGCUGCGCGCGGCUCGCUGGGGUCUCGCCGAGCCCGAGCACGCCGAGCACGCCGAGCACGCCGAGCACGCGCACCCCGCCGCCGCGCCCGGCGACCGCCGCCGGUUCCCAGAUGGAGGUCCGAGUGGUGAGGGUGGAUAUCUAGCGGAUGGUAACACCCUCACGGCCGAAGAGCAAGCAUUCCUACAGAAUAACUUGCCGCUCAUCCCCAAGAACGAUGCGCUAGACGAUGAUAUACUGGAGGAGUUGGAGAACGAAGCGUGGGAUACAGGAAUGGAUGCGGAGAUGCAAGAGGGCUACCUCGAGUUCCUGAAAAUAUCCAAUCAAAUUAAGCGAUAACCGCGCCUAGGCCGCACCCUGGGCCUCGCGGGGUAUAGACCAAGCUGCGUCUUUAUACUUUAGGACAAUGGUGAAAACACUAAAAAAAAUACAAAAUAUAAAACUAUAAAAAGAUAUGGAGGAGUGACCAACCGUGCAAUCACUCUAAGAGAAUGCCUGAAUUUGAAAUAUAUUGCAAAUCAUAGCUGUGAUGACAACUUCCAGAAGAGGUAAACACUUCAUAAACUCUAAGGGAGCUAUAUUUUGUUGUGUAGUUUUAAAAGAGUACUAUACAAAAAAGGAACCUUACUAUUCGCAACAUGUACGUGAAUAGUAGUAUAUAUGACGUCUUUCAAAAUAACUGUAUUGCAAGUUCCAUGACGUUUUAGCAUGCAAUAAUAGUAUAAGAUGUAUUAGAACCGUAUUUCUUAUCGGAUUUCAGUUUCUGGUCAGGUAUUAGCAUGUUUACUUUUAGAGUGGUUAAGCAUUUGGACAUACUGAUUAAGAACUUUUAUUAUUUGUAGCUUCGAUCUAAUGCCAAUUGCAUAUAUGUCGGUAUACUUAUGUAGCGAUUAUUAUAAUACGGUUUUGGUCUGCUUCGUGAGGACAGAUGUAGUGUUUACGUAUAAUGAGCAUAAAACAAAGAAACAUUGUUUUUAUAAGACUUGUUUUUAUCUAAUGUUUUUAUUAAUUUAAAUGUAAAUGAUGUCGAUUAUAUUCCGUUUCUUUUAUAACAUUAAUACGUAAACACCACAAUUGAUACAUAAGAAGAUCCAUAGACUAAAUGUAAACAAGUUUAAAUUUUAAUUUCUUUCUAAAUUUUAUUUUAAAUGACUUAGUGAUAUCUUUUUGUUCAUAAUUUAGCACGUUUGGUAAUAUUAUAAUGCUGUUCCCACCUUUAAAUUGAAGGCCAUAUUAAAUGUCAAUGUUGAGCUUCUUGUUUACAUUUCGUCCUCGUCGAAUAAUAUUUACCUAGUGAUCUCAGGCUUUACUACUUUCACUGAAAAAAUGGAACAUAGAUAUUAUGGACCAAGGUGAUAAAUACAUUUUCCUCUAUAAACGAGUGUAUUUUCUGGAACUUAAAGCAUAAUAUUUUAAAUAAACAACUUUAAAACCACAAGAAAAUCAAGCAAAUUACUUGUAUAAUUAAUUAUUACAUUUCCUCUUAUACAUUUUUCUUAGUCUAGUAUACAGAACUCAAGUUAUUGUUGUAAAUUACAAUUAUUAUUAUCAAUUAAAUUUCGCUAAAAUACUUACCUUAAAUAUAUCAUAUUUGAAUGAAAUAGUGUAUACUUACAUUUUUACUGUAUUUCAACUCAAUAUGAUAAAUAAAACUUACCAGUCGUGAUUUGUAACAGUACCUAACGGUAAUAUUGACCUAAACCCAUGUCUGAAUAUCAAUAUUAAUUUGUAUAUCAGUUCUUUAAUUUAUUAUGAAUGUAAGUGAUUUGGAAUGAGUGAAUUGCAUGCAAGAAAUAUUCAGGGACAAUUUAAAAAUUAAGAACAUGAUUUUAUCUUGAACAUAUUUUUUUAAAUUUGCCACAAAGUAAAUUUGUGUGAUUUAGAUUUGCAAUAAAUUACAUUAAUAUUAAUUAAGUAUUAAUCUUCUUUAAUCAAGCUAUAAAAAAAAUGAAAUGCUUGUUCACACUGUGAAAUAACUCAAAUUUAUGCUACCCUGUAUCAACAAAACUAUAUAUAUAUAUAUAAACAAAACUAUAUAUACCAUUGAAGUUUUCGUAAUAGUCAGUCGUUUCUUUUUUAUUUUAAGAUACAUAUUAUUGAUCACACAAAUAUGCAUUUUUAUUGAAUGUAAUGAUGUACAUAUUGCUUUUUGGAAUAAAUUUGGGAUUUGAAAUUUAUUUUGCCAUUUCGUGUUCGAACUGUGAGAUAGAACCAUUUUUUAAAAACAGACGGGCGCUUGUUGUGUUUCAAAGUAAAUUAAAAUGAUUGUAGUAAUAGUGGUCGUACUACCGUUAUUAUCCGACUUGUCGACGAGUCCAACAUGCAUUUCCUUUUACAAAGACAACAAACAAAGUUUCAAUUAUUUUACUAUACGCGUCGCCAGAUAAUUUUUACAUGAAAACUAAAUUAUUUGCACUAUUGGAUUUGGCAACACAGUCUCUUGGUUCAUAAUAUGAAAAGUAAUGUUUUUUUUUCUCACAUAUUAAAAUGUCGAGAGUUCUAACGUUUGUGUUUUUCAACACCUUCCAUUCCAUUGGAUCUAUUAUUCAAAUACAAUGAUAGUUGUAUUUAUCUGUAUUUUAUUGUUUAAAAGGCUGACAAAUAAGACAAAGAUGUGACUUCUUUUUGGAUUCACUAUCCAAGUGUUUUUUAGUAAUCUCUUUUAGCAAUCUGUUUGAAAUAGUAUGCAAUAAUCUUGUAUAAAUAAUUGAUGAUGAUUUCAUUUAGCAGAGAACUCUUAAUUAUGUGCAGUUGGUGAUUCCCAACUGAAGACAACAGAAUUUAUGGCAUUUCCUUACAAUUAUAAGAAAGAGUCACCGAAAUAACUACAAUGCCAAAUUUGUUACAGUUUAUGUUAAAAUUUGUUGUGAUUAAAAUUUGCCUAUUAGUAAUGAGUGAGAUAGAAUGAUAGUUUUGAGUGCUGAGAUGUAUUUUAAUAGACCUAAUUGCAAUUAAAAUAUAAUAUUAUCUAUAGUGAUACCAUCAACUCAUCAAUAGCAAUAAUAUUAAUAAUAAUUACAUAGACCAUGGUGUUGAUAAAAGUGCUUAUGAAAUA